AUGAAAUUAGCUUCUGCCUGGCUAGUUUCGAAUUUGUGCUUUUUUUCUUUUUCAGGUGCCUUCAGUCAAGGAGGACAGAUCAACUGUGGCGAGUUCCGUGACCCCAAGGUCUUCUGCACUCGGGAAUCUGACCCACUCUGUGGCUCUGAUGGCCAGACAUACGGGAAUAAAUGUUCCUUCUGCAAGGCCUUGGCGAAAAGUUCUGGAAAGAUCAACUUGAAACAUCAUGGAAAAUGCUGA